AUGGUUGUGGCGUAUACGAUGCCGCUGCGAAGUGCGAGCUCGAUGCCGUCGGAUUACCAGCCGUCCCCCAUGUCUGAGUCAUCCACGCCAUUGCAAAAGCAGCGACUGACUGGCGCGCCGGACACCACGAAUGUCGAAGUACCCAAGGCAUCGAAACCGGAUACCAUUGGGGAGCGGCGCAGCGCUGUAUCACACAAGUUACAGCAACGCGCGCAAAAAAAGGCGGCUUUGAUAUUGACACCUCGCGCGAUUGAGCGGAUCCGUAUGCUGCAAGAGCGUACCAAGGAUCCUAAAUUGAUAAGGGUUGGUGUAAAGAACAAGGGAUGCGCGGGAAUGAGCUACCACCUCGAGUAUGUUUCGCCUGGGCAGCAAGGCAAGUUUGAUGAGUGCGUUUUGCAGGAUGGCGUGGAAGUCUUGAUUGAUUCGCGUGCGCUGUUCAGCAUCAUUGGCUCCGAGAUGGACUGGAAAGAAGACCAACUCUCGGCCAAGUUUGUGUUCAGCAACCCAAAUAUCAAGGACGCUUGUGGCUGCGGCGAAUCUUUUAUGAUUUAG